AUGACCCCGGAAUCAGCUGUAAACACCAUUGAUUCUAUGGAGGUUACUCGUAGGAGCCAGAAGCCACCGAAGCUUAAGUUAAGAGAGAAAAAGGGUUGUCUUAUAGAUGUGACUAGAAAUGGCAUAUUGGCCAUCGUUGCAAAAAUAAAGAGCUUCACGUACUGCCUGGUCGGUGAAGACCGAGAGGGCGAUAGGGGAGUGGAGGAUACACUAGCAAUCGAGGGGAUAAACGAGGCCGAUUUGGAGGGAGUGGAGUUAUCCUUGAACUCGAUAGUGGGAUUAUCUAAACCACGAACCUUAAAGUUGUAUGGGCGGAUCUUAGGCACUCGCUGUGGUAAUGUUGAUUGA